AUGAAUUCCCUCGUACUGUUUGCGGGCGUGGCUCUGGCCCUACUGGCCACCCAGACGUCCUCGCUGUUCCUGUUCCCGGUGGCCACCACGGGCACCACCGCCGCCGCCACCACUUCCGUCACCGUGGGCACGGGCUCGCUCGCGGCCGGCGCGGCGGUUGCAGCUGCGGGCGUGACCGGCCUGGCGCUUGCGGCUCUCCUGGCGUCGCGAGGUCGAGACGAAGAACCAUCCUACCACGCCCCCGCCCCCUCAUACCAUCGUCGUAGGAGGGAUGCCGAUGAAGAGAAGGUAGCGGAGAUGUUCGCCAUGGUCGCCAGGAUGGACACUCACGGCUGCGGGAUGAGGCUCGUUUGCCAGCUCUAUCAGAAGUCCCCUCAGAGCCUCACUCUCAGGGAGAAGGCCAUCAGACUGCUCAUCGGGGAGAAGCCAGAGCCAGUGCCCCCCAAGGAGUCGAAGCAGCCGCGCGCCCUCUACCAGUCCGCCGCCGUCUUCGGAGUUAGGAAGGAGAACUGCCUCGAGAUCUAUCACAUGUGUCCUCUCACCAACGAAGAAGUCAUGCAGUACCUCAACACUCUCGACCUUGAGCUCAAGUGAAUGAUGUUUGUCUAACAUCUUCUGUUAUAUCCUUUUUCGUUUCUUCAUUAUUUUCAUUAUCACAAUCGUUAUUACUACUCUAUUUUUUUACACCUGCUUUGGCACAAUUUCGUCUUACUAGGUUUUCAUAGAGGCUUUUCAUGUAAUCAUUAAAUGUUUUAUCGGGUUUAGUCUGUUUUCAGCUUUAAAUCUACCUCGAUUAGCAGAACUUCACUACACAAUGGAAUUAAGUUAAGAAUAAAGUGUUUAAUUUUUGUUAAGUCAAACGAAUUCGCAAAAGAAAUGUGUACUACUUCUGUCCGUGGGAACGAUGUUUGUGCUUGCUAGUCCUCCAUAUAACUAACUCGCUAUUGCUUGUUUACAUUCAAGCUUGUUAGUUUUUCUUUGUUGCUGGAGCCCCUCUCUAGGGAGCGGCCAUGAUGUUCGUGUUGGUGAAGGCAGAACCUCAACGAAUAUAUUUUCCUACGAUUUUUGUGUUCUAAAUAAAGAUAUAAUUUUU